GUUUGAAGUCCAGAAUAUGCUCAAGAAACCUGUUAUUACAGCUAUGUUGUACGUUCAAAUGUCUUUGAAAGCAUUUAAGAAUGAAUUCUUAAAGAAACAAAAGCUUGCUUCAUGAACACAUUGUGGGCUGUCUCGAAAUCACCCUGGAAAAUGGGAUAGUUAAUUUGGUGAACUUAUGCAAAGGUUGCUCAGCUGAACCUACUCUUUGGUUACCUCUGUUGUCAAUGUCCGCUUUAUUUGGAAAAGAAACGAAUAAAAUGAAUCAUUGAACAAACCAAGGAAGCACCAACACACUGUCUCCUAAAUCUUCCUCCUUGUACCUUGAUGUCCCCCAAAUUCAAUAUGGCGGAAAAUUUAAAAUACAACUUUGAAAGAUAAUUUCGAAGAUUUUCUCCUGCAAAAGUCAUUAAUGAUGAAAAAAUUUGACGAAAAAGAAAAAAAUAAGUACGAAAUUGUAGUGCCAGGUCAAUAUCUUGGUCCAACAGAUGAAUAUAAAUGUGGAGAAGGAACAUAUGUGCGAUUUUGUCAAAUUUAUGCAAACCGUGCAGGGUACAAAACGGUGGAAAAAAUGAACGAAAAUGAAAUUCGUGUUAGUGUUUUACGAGAUAAACAUGGUCAUGUAUUGCCAACUAUUGGUGCCGUUGUAACAGCCAAGGUGAAUGGAUUGAACACAAGAUUUUGUAAAUUGGCCAUUUUUGCAGUUGAAGGUAAUUCUCUUGACGAGCCCUUUCGCGGUACCUUAAGAAGAGAGGAUAUUCGUGCCAUGGAGAAAGAUACUGUUGAAAUUUACAAGUCAUUUCGUCCUGGUGACAUUGUCCAAGCCAGAGUAAUUUCCUUAGGAGAUUCGCAGUCAUAUUUUUUAUCAACAGCCGAAAAUGAACUUGGUGUGAUUAUUGCUACUAGUGAAGCAGGUGCCUCCAUGAUUCCUGUCAGCUGGAAGGAAAUGCAAUGUCCAUUGUCAAAGAUCAAAGAGUUCAGAAAAGUUGCCAAAGUACAGGUUUGAAAAAUGAAAUUUCACCAAUCGUACAAUUUUUAAGAUGUAAAAACUGAUGUGUGAUGCACCAGAAAUUACUUUGAAAAAACAUUGAAAAAAGAAUUACAUCAUAUUAUUGCAAUUAAUAAAAUUAACACUAUGCUCGUCCCAGUCCUCCAAA